CGCAAAUAUUGACAGAAGUAUCACAGAGAAAACAUGGCAGAGAUGGAAAAAGAGGGCAGACCUCCGGAAAAUAAAAGAAGCCGAAAACCAGCUCACCCGGUGAAAAGGGAAAUAAAUGAAGAGAUGAAGAGUUUUGCAGAGAACACCAUGAAUGAGCUGCUGGGCUGGUACGGUUACGACAAGGUGGAGCUGAGAGACUCUGACAGCCUGGAAAUUGGGGAGACGCCACAACACAUCUCUGUCCUCAAAGAAAACUCGUUGCCAAAAAUCCCAGCUUCAACAGAGAACAGUGAAGUCUCUCCAGAUCGAGCCAACAGCUCUCAAUCCUUGCCAGCCUCCAGGAAUGGACUCACAGAGACCUCCACCACGCCGUCCACCUCCACGCCCAGCACCAAGGAGCAUGGCAGCCUGCCCAUCAUAGUCCCCAUGAUCCCCCCGCCACUGAUCAAGCCCCCCGCAGACGAGGAUGCAUCCAAUGUGCAGAUCAUGUGCGCCUGGUGCCAGAAGGUCGGCGUCAAGCGCUAUUCUCUGAGCAUGGGGAGUGAGCUGAAGAGCUUCUGCAGUGAGAAGUGCUUCGCCGCCUGCCGCAGAGCCUAUUUUAAGAGAAACAAGGUGUGUGACUGGUGCAAACAUAUUCGCCAUACUAAGGAGUACCUGGACUUUGGUGCUGGUGAGCGGAGGCUGCAGUUCUGCAGUGCCAAAUGCCUGAACCAAUAUAAGAUGGACAUUUUCUAUAAAGAGACCCAGGCUGCCCUACCUGGAGCGCUGUGUAACCCAGGACAUGGAGCUGCUGGGGAGGGUAAGCCAGAGUGCGGUACGGGAGUGCAGUUGCUCACUCCUGAAUCCUGGGGAACACCGCUAACGGACCUCCGGCGUAAAGCUCCCUCACCUGGGGGGCCUUCCACCACCUCAGCUUUGGCCCCAUCCACUUCGUCUGCUGCCUCACCCUCAGACACUAAUGCUGUCUGCUCCCCAGCCUCCUCAUCUUCAGCCAAAAUCCCCACACCCAGACCCCACGAGAGCCCCUCACUUCCCCCGCCACCUGUUCCCGCUCUUCACCCACCAGUUGGGGUUCCCUCUGGCAGCCCUCCCAUGGUGAUGACUCCACGGGGACCCAUGCCCCUGCCUCUGUUCAUGGAGCAUCAAAUGAUGCAGCACAUGCGCCCACCAUUUCUUCGUCCUUCUGCCCAUCCAGGAGGGCCCAACAGCCCGCUGUCAAACCCAAUCAUCCCUGGUAUUGGUCCACCACCACCUCCUAGGAGCCUUGGUCCUGCAUCAAGCCCCAUGCACAGGCCUCUGCUAUCUCCACAUGUCCACCCUUCAUCCAAUCCUAACCCUGGCAUGAUCCCCCCACACCCUGGUAUCCCCAUGCCAGGCCUGCCACCUUUCCCCCCAGUCAACAUGAUGCCCAAUGGACAUAUCCCCCUGCCCCCUAUGAUGAACUUUAGCAUGCCAUCCUUGGCUCCAUUGGUACCCCCUCCAACUCUCUUGGUCCCUUAUCCUGUCAUUGUACCCCUCCCAGUCCCAAUCCCUAUUCCAAUCCCCAUUCCCUUCAACCCCAAAUCCUCCAGGGACCAACCUGAGGGCAGUGGUUCUGUCCGUAGUGCUCCAGAGUCCUCAGAAGCUUCAGCUUAUGGGCCCCACUCACCAGGUUCCUCUGGAACUGAUAGAGGGGGGCAGAAGAUAGAGCCAGCUGACAGAGGACGUGUCUCUCCUGUACGCUCAGAGAGAGGGAUGACAGUGGAAUUGACUGUAAAGGCAGAGGACAACUCAGGCAGCCUUUGUCUCAGCAGUGGCCCUGGACUGAUGGAUGGGGUUAUUGAUCUGACAGUCGGCCAAAGAUCAUGCCAGCAGCAGGUAAUUCACAGGAUGCUGCCUGGUGUCCAGGUCAAAGUAGAGCCAGAGGCUGAUUCAAGAUCUCCAUCAGCUGCUGUGCUGGGGAGGGAAGGGAAAAGCAAUCAUGAUGAAGAGGAAGGGGCUCUACUCUCAAAGGAACUCCUCAGUGCUGCGGAGCCAGAAGGGGUCACACAUCCUAGAACACUGGAAUCAUCAGCCCCACCUUCCAGUGCUCCCAGCAAAGCUUCAGUGAGCCAGAAGAGUCCCCAUUACUCUAACCGUACAACACCACCCUCACCCAAUACAGUACGAACCCAGCCCCCAUCCAUACCCCAGCACCAGACUAGCCCUGCUGCCCCAUGUAAUGUGAUAGUCAAUGGUACAGGAUGGCAUCCACUUCUCACGCCUGCAUUUGAGUCUGACCGAAGGGGAGAUGCAGGAGAAGGAGAGGCAGAGAAGCACCCCGCCAACGGUGAGCUGGAGCACGAGGCGUUGAAAGAGAACAAUUGUUCAGUGGGUGAAUGGGAUCCAGGGAAGCGGGUCUCGGCACAAGAUGAGAUAGGUAACACGGUGGAGGGUAAGCCAGAUCCCGACUCUAACUUGGAGGAGGGUGAGCACGCCUACGCCCUACCGCUGCUGUCAACUGGAGGCUGUGUUGUCAUCCAGCCCGUGCCAAAGCCCGCCGCCGACAAGACAGCCAUCCUUUCCUGUUCCAUCAGCGCACCGCUAUCAGCCGCCGGGAGUCCUGAGCUCGAGCCGCCGCUGAAGAGGAGGUGUCUGCGAAUUCGCAAUCAAAACAAAUGAGAUGGAUGCUCUGAGGACCGCAGUGCCAUCAACGACACUCACUUGUCCACCCCCCACCUCCAAAUCACACUGCUUGACACACACACACACACACACACACACACACACACACUGUCCUCAUCCUCACCCAUCAUCCAGUCUACCAGCACCACAAAUCGCCUUUGAUAACCGAUGAGUCCAAACAAACAUGAUGAUGUGCAUCGUAGCCGAGAGGACUACUUUUGUCUGUGCGACGGACACUCUGACGGCCAGCAGGACCGUUUGAUCUUUGAACUGAAGACAGUAUAUUCCUGCAACAGGAGGACUUUACCCCGCUGCUCCUCUCCUCAUUUAGAGACUCUCAGCCCACACUGCCCCUUUAGACUUCAAUCCACCCUCCCCUAUUGAACAAGUACUCUCUGUAUUGUCUUUUACUGUGGAAUGCACCGUAGUGUCCGAUAUUCAAACCUGCUGCUUGGAAAUUACUGAAGGAACCCCUAAAAUUGAAAUGCUUCAGUCCAACCUUGUGCCACACCACAGGUAUAAAAUCUCUGCUCCAGCAAGUCUUAUUUUUUUUUUUCUUGUCACUGAGGUAUUACAAAAAAAAUCGUCUUGGCCUUUGCUUGUUCACCAGACGUGUAUACACAUAGAUGCCACAUUGGUUGCUUCAGUUCAUGGAAAGAUGCAUCAGUGCAGCCACCAUGUUGCCAAGGAGGAGCCAGAGUUUUUGAUGCAUGCAUGUCUAUGGAGGCCAAAGUCUAUACACAAUUAAACAGCAGCACGACCUAAAGAAAUUUCAGAGGAUUUUCAAACCAUUUGAUUUGUCAUUUAUGUUGAUAGUAACCAUGAUAGUUCUGAAAUAUCAGAUACUGAGAUUACAAAGCAGCUGCUUUUCUGUGACGUUCUAAAGACUGACUGUAAAAUGUGAAACCUGACGGGAUUACAUCAUUUCAAAGAGUUUGCUGUCGCCUGUCAAUGUUUAACUCGAAAUGCGAGCAGCAGACGAGUCAUUUGGCUCAAGUGCCGCCGUUCAUGAAUGUCUUUUAUCUUUUGGAAAUCCACACGCACAAAAGUCAUUCUGAACAAGGCUAUACAGCUUCUGAAUGCUUCUGUAGUCACAAUUCAGGCACAUUGUAAAUCGUCUUAAAAGAAAGUUGCACAAAGCAGCACCAAACCUCUCCCAUUACACAUGAAUGAGUAAGAACUCAUAGUGAGCUCCUCUGAGCAAGAUGGUGGCGGCAGAGAUGCAUCUCACAAGCCCAGAUUUGGUAUCUAGAUGUUAACACACGUGCUUGUUCACAACCAGCAGAAAAUGUACUUGCUAACCUCGUCGCCAAGUGUUCUGGGCGAAUGCGAUGGGUGGUGAACCAAAACACGCAUGUAUGCAGCCAAUGCAAGCUAAAGAAAUCUAGAAAUCUUUCUUUGGACAUAAAAUCACCUUCAUAUGUGUUGAGGAUUAUUCUGGAGAUAACCUUCACCAGCAAGUAAGCGUGUGGGUGGAAUCGUGCAGUCUCUGCCAUUUUCUGUUGGCAUCUAUCGGUUUUGCUCUCCACUGAAUUCAGUUAUAGUGCACAAGAAUAACACAGAGCUGUCACGAUUAGCAUUCCUAUUAUUGACAUCUCUACCCCCUGGAAUGCUGCCUGUGUGCUUAAACAGUAAUCUGUACUAGUAACAGUAAUGCCAGAGAGCGUUUUAAGGCUUACUUGCACCACCGAAAGAACUGAGAUGGCAUGGCAACUUGGAAACAUCUACCAGUGAGUACUCGCUACCGCAGGCUAGUACUUAAUCUUUUCUAUUAUACAUUACCAGUGAUGUUCCUGUCAUCGGUUAGUUUGAGACUGACUGCACUGAAUUUCGAGGGGGGGCAGAGGGAAGCCAGCUCUUUCAUAAAUUAUUCUUGUGGGACUGAGGGGGAAAAUGUUGAAGUAACACAACAGAAAUGUUUCAACAGUAAACACAGAGGACAAAUUUUUUUUUAUGGCAAUAUUUUGUCCCCUAACCCCACCAAGUUAGUUCUUUUUUCUUUUUUUUUUUCUUUUUGCCGAUUCUUUGUUGUUUCAAGGAAGUGUUGUCAGCAUCCUGCUCCAUCCUGCUGGGCAGCUUAAGUAAAUGCAACACAACUGUCACCCAUCCAGUUUGAUCUGAUCCAGUUACACAGUGGCUGUGAGCUGGGACGCCAUCAGACAAAGCCAGCAUUUAGUUUACACUCCUAUGGAGGAGGUGCACUGUACCAAUGUGAGACAAGGUAUUAUCAUAUGCCAAAGGCCUCUGGUGUGUUGAAACAAAACAUGUCACCUAAUUUUUAGUGGAAAUGGGAUUUUAAACUGAAGAUUUGACUGGAUAAUUUAUAGUUGCCAAAAUAACAAGCACUUAUUAUUUUUUUUUAAAAAGAAAAGAAAAAGAAGACCCAUGAUAAGAGAAGUGGAUGUCAAAAGCAUCAUUACUAUUAUACUUUUUUUGGUUUAGACCUGCGAUAUGUCACAGUAAGCGUGAGAUACAGUCUGGCUUAAAAAGACAGUGUGAUCUUUAAUUAUUGUUUGUCCUGCAGCCUGUUUUAUUUACUUUUCCUUAAUAUCAAAGUGAGACACUGUGUUCUUCACUGUGUAAAGACGAGGCCCAACACUUCCUCACGCACUUAUUCACGAGCGUACAUGCUCAUGUGGCACAAUGCACAUAGUAAAUUUAACUGUGUGUUUGUGUGUGUGAGGCAGGUGCAAGCAGAGAGCCCGGCUGAGAUUACAGAGUGUUGACUCAGAAUAAGCAGUGUGCAACUCUAUCUGUCGCCUCUUAGUCAGGCAUUUAGACUUAGCUCGCCUCUUGCCAAGGCCCAGCUUUGGUGUCACUUUAAGCUUUUCCUCAUCUCUGCUUUAUUUCUCUGCAAGCAAAGGCAGUCAAAAUGCUAAUUUUAAGCUCAUGCCUGCCUUUCUGCUGUAUUGCACUUAAAGAGAAAGUUCAUCGCAAACUAAAAUAUGCAUGUCGUGCUGUUGUUUUGGUGUGAGUUGCCUCAGUGUUGAAGGUUAUCAGGCGUGGAGAAAGUGUAGUUCCUGGAGUGGCCACUUGAGUCUUUUUUUCCAAACACAAACAGACUCCCUAAAAAAAAAAGAGCACGUUUACAGCCUGGUACAAAAGAACAGUUUUGGUCUUCAUGGAUAGUUUCCCCUUUCAUAUCAACUGUCUGGUGGAUCAUUUAUUUUAUAACACUUGGAUUUUGCUAAGAUUCAAAGUUUGGGCGUUGGCAGCUUUUACAGCAUUUUUAUUAAUAUUUUAAAUUUCUGACAAUAUGCUCUGUAUUGGGCCGCUCGAGAGGUUUGUGCUUCAGUUUUGGUGAGUGAAAUUAUAGUAUUUUAUUAGUCUAUUAUCACUCAUUAGCAGGUGUGUCUGUGUGUUAUUAACACUCUUUAGCACCCUUUCAUCCAGUUAUGGCCACUUCAGCACUGAAACCAACAUUGCCAAAAUGGCCCAAAUAGCCAGAGUGCUAAUGCUGAAUCUUAAGCAUAGUCCGUAAAUAUACAGUGUUGAAGAUGCAGUCUGUGAAUGACACUUGCCUGAAAAACUCUACAUAAUUUUCCUGCAACAAGAGCCUCAUGCUUGUGACAACCUGUAGGCUGUAAUGCUUCUUUCAGCUGGCGGGUGUAGACAUUAAGAAAAUAUUGCAUUAAAGCUGUGCCAAUUUUUUUUUUUUUUUUUAUUAAUUGGGUCAUGAUGUCUCAUAAGAGAGCGUGCUGCUGAGUUUUUCAAACCCUAACCUUAAUUGUUUGAGCACAACUAAUUAACAGCUUUUAGUUCCAUUAUAGUGAAGAGGAAACAAACAUCUUUACAGCCAGUAAACGAGAUAGGACAGGAGAAAAAGCACUACAGACCACAGGGAAAAUAUGCAAAUGAUUUUAGGGUGAAAUAUUCCUUUAAGUAGAGCUAUUCCUUUCUUUAAUACUUUCAAAAACUACAGUUUACAUCAGAAGACUAUAAAUUAUUCCUGUGAUUUAAUUUCUUCUCCGGAGAACAACUGUGUUUGCUUUAUUGACCUUUUCCUGACCUUUCCGGUGGCACAAUCAGGCAAAAUUUACAAAUUUAUUCCUAGUAUGGCAGGUCUCAGCUAUCUAAACCAGUAGUUUCAUACUGAUUAAAAAGGUUGAGAGGGCUUGAUUUAAUGAGGAACUUACUGCAAUCUAUUGUUAUGUCCGUUUUUCUCCUGCUUGACACACUUACAUAGAGAUGCAUAGACAUACAGAGACUACAGCAAACAUGCCCAAUCGUGUCUGUUUCUAAUCUGCACCAUGCUGUGUUGGCGUCACAAGCGGUACGCUAUCUGUGCCUGAGACAGAUACCGAACAUACGAAAGCCUGACUCUCAUGGGGAAAAAUCCUGGACCGCUGAGUCAGUCUUUGUGAUGGCAACCAGACUCGUGACAAAUAUCCAGCAUUCCUUUUUUGAUGAUGGACUACAGGCCUGGUCAGCAGCCUUAAUUAUGCAAUGACAACCAACUCCAAACCCGCUAGAAACAAGUGGUCCACAGGCGAAAUAAAACAUGAUUCGACUUCAUGUUACUUUUCAAAAACAACGGAGAAGUUGCCUUAACUCUUGCUUGUAUAAUCUCUCCAGUUAAGACAAUGAUGCUUGUAAAGAGGACUCUCCCUUCUUUGUACAAAACGAAAUAUACCAGAAACAACAACUUUGUUAUCUUGCUAGUGUCAAUGUAUAGAUGAUCAGCUUUUUCUGUAACUUGUAUGGACCGUCACAUUUUUGCUAAGAAGAGACCCUCACCCUCCCCCUUCCAAACUUCCUUCUUCCUAAUCAUCCAAUCUGUUUUAACUCGUGGUGGACUGUCAAUCUUUUUUGUGUACAUUUUAUAGUAUUAUUUAUUGUUGACAAGUUUUGCAUUCGCAAAUAAAAAAGUGAAGGUGGUUUGACCUGAGCAUUCGAUUCCAGUGUAAAUGCUUGGUGAACAGUGACAUGCUUUUUUAAAAUAAUUAAAAUGGAGAAAACAGUAAUAUGAGGAGGCCUUUUUAUUAUGUUGUAACAUGUACAUAACAUGUGGCCAAAAUUGCUUUGGAAAAUGAUCAUUUUUUUGUGUUGUAACAGUAUUUGUUUUAUUCAGUGAAUUGCCCAUGAAGACGAAUAAAUAAGAACG